AUUCUUUCCUCAACCAUAGCUUCCCUAAUAUGGCGAACGCGAGGUUAGAUGUCGUACUCGCGGGAAUCUUUUCCGCUGCUCUGGUUCUUUUUUUGCUGUUCUCUACCAUUACGGACUCUAACCAGCCGCCCACGGUCGAUAGCAGGUAUAAAUGGGCCGACAGGGAUACCGAAUUUGCGUCCGAUGAUAGCGUGUUCCUCCUUGGAGCCGGCAGAGCGGAUAUUACCGGCCCUGUUGUCGAGCUCGGGUUCGGCGGCUAUGCCAGCUUAGACCAAAUUGGAACUGGCCUACGGCAGAGAAUCUACUCGCGUGCUUUCAUAGUCGCAAACCCGAAGCAGCCAAAGGAUACUUUUGUCUAUAUAAUUAUAGACUCGCUGACGGGCGACACCGCCGUGCGGCAUGGAGUCCUCGAGGGCCUUGCGAGCCUCGGUGGGGAAUAUGCGGACUAUGGCGAGCAUAAUGUAGCCUUUACGGGAACCCACUCCCACUCUGGGCCUGGGGGAUGGAUGAAUUAUCUUCUUCCUCAAAUUCCCAACAAGGGAUUUGAUAAGCAGAGCUACCAGGCGAUCGUUGACGGCGUCCUGCUUUCUAUCAAACGAGCUCACGAGAGUAUAGCUCCAGGGCGCCUUAGCUUUGGCUCCAUUGACAUUGAAAACGCGAAUACCAACAGAAGCCCUUACAGCUAUGAUCACAAUCCAGAAGAGGAAAAGGCGCGAUACUCGGCCAAUGUGGAUAAGACGAUGACGCUCCUGAGGUUCGACCGGGCAACGGACAACAAAACAACGGCCAUUUUGACUUUCUUCCCAGUACAUGGCACGUCCAUGUAUAAUAACAAUACCUUGGUAACUGGUGACAACAAAGGAGUGGCGGCAUGGUUGUUUGAAAGAAGUAUCCAGGCCAACCAGAAGUUUGCCGAUGACUUUGUUGCGGGCUUUUCCCAGUCAAAUGUCGGAGAUACGAGUCCGAACGUCCUAGGAGCAUGGUGCGAAGAUGGCUCUGGGCAGCAGUGUCGGUAUUCAGACAGCACAUGUGGCGGUACAAUGGAAAAGUGUCGCGGUCGAGGCCCAUACUUCCGCGAAAAGGACAACGGUGCUAAAAGCUGUUUCGAAAUUGGGAAGCUUCAGUAUGAAGCUGCCAGCAAGCUCUAUAACCAGUUAGAUUCCAACCCCACUCGGAUCCUCAAGAGCUCCGAUGUUCACUCCUUCCACGUGUAUCAGGAUCUCUCCGAUUAUACUUUCAAGUCCCCGUUCAACUCAAAAACUCUGAAAACAUGCUCGGCAGCUCUAGGGUUCUCCUUUGCUGCUGGUACUACCGAUGGGCCGGGCAUGUUUGAUUUCACCCAGAAUAGCAGUGGGCCAGCUGAUUCCAAUCCGCUGUGGUACGUCGCUCGUGCGUUUAUCCACCAGCCAUCCAAGGAGCAGCAAGCCUGCCAAGCACCGAAGGAAAUUCUCUUGGACGUGGGAGCGGUAACGCAGCCGUAUCCGUGGACGCCCAAUAUUGUUGACAUUCAGGUUCUUCGCGUCGGACAGCUGUUUAUCAUUAUCUCGACCAGUGAGGCCACUACCAUGUCUGGGCGACGCUGGAAAGAGGCUGUUGCAAAAUCUGCACAGGAUGUGCUUUCGGUGGCGGAUCCCUUAGUGGUGCUGGGUGCUCCGUCAAACAGCUACGCCCAUUAUGUGGCAACAGAGGAAGAGUACCAUGUCCAACGUUACGAGGGUGGCUCAACCCUCUACGGUCCCAACACUCUCGCAGCAUAUGUUAACCUCACUCUAACAUAUCUUCCAUAUCUCGGCGACUCCUCUGGCUUGCCGCCGCUCAAUUCUAAAGUGAAACCUCCCAUCAAUACAGACAAGUCUCUGACAUUUAUCCCCGGCGUGUUGUACGAUGGUAGCCCCAUCGGGAAAACGUUCGGAAGUGUCAUUUCAUCUGUGGACAGCUCCACGUACGGCCCUGGUGAUAUUGUGAAUGCCACGUUUGUGGGAGCUAACCCUCGGAACAAUUUACGCCACGAAUCCACCUUCGCGGCGGUCGAGCGACAGAAACCCGGAACUGACACUUGGGAAGUUGUUCGCACUGACCGGGACUGGAACCUUAUUUAUAACUGGAAGAGGACGAACACGGUUCUGGGUCACAGCGAAGUUACAAUCCAGUGGCAGAUAGAGGACGACUAUUAUAAUGUUGGGAACCCAACCUCUCUCAAAGAUGGCACUUAUCGCCUGCAUUAUUAUGGGGAUUUCAAGACCGUCAAGGGCGAUAUUGGGGCCUUUGAGGGAAUAAGUGGCUCUUUCAAAGUUGCCACAUAAACUUGCGCGAUAUAUGCUUGAGUUAUUGGAUCCUGGAUUGUGGAUUUUGCAUGUUCACUCCUUGCUUUUUUGUGCAGGAUACAGUCAAUUCCUUACCGUUGGAUACAUCUUAAUGGCUAGUUAAUCCAUCUAUACAAUAUGCCAAUAUCCAGAGACUUGUUAAGCCCCGCAGGUGUAGUUACUAUAAUCUACUGUUCUCAUAUUAAUCUUCAGAGAACCUCUGUACUAUCCAA